CCAGCUUUCGCUCUACCACAAUUUCUCAUCUUUCUGAUCCGUUGGGUCUAAGACUUCAGGGAUCCGCGCCAAUAGUUUCCCACUAGCUUCUGGCCAUUCCUAACCACAGAUUAGGCGAGAAUUCCGCCUUCCAAUCAUGGAGUGCGUCCACGUGCGAACAUCGGUCAAUACACAACCGCUGCCACCGCUAUUAUCACCUCCACGUCUGGCCAGUCUAAGGAUACCUGACUUCGUCAUCCGCUGUCAUUCCGGCAUCCAUUGUCACGCGCCAUCCUUAUCGUUUCGGCAUCGCGUAAGAGUGCCGUCGCGGCGUCGGCAAUUGACCAUCCGGCGAGCAACGGAAGGGUGGAGUGGUGUAUGGAGCACAGCAGAUAGUGGCGACUGGACGCAAUUAGGCGGGUUUCAAGCGGGCGAUCAGGCGGGCAAUCAGGCGAAUUUCGCGGACAGUGGCCGGUGGGGUCGCAGCUCCGCGGAGUCGCAUUCAGCGGCUGGCCGUUCCAGCGGCUUUCCCGAUGGCGACACGAAUCAUUCUCAAGAAAGGCGCUCCCCUGGGAAGUUUCAUCCUCUUCCCCCUCCUCCUCCAAUUCCCCCGGUCUCUACAUCUCAUUCCGCAUCAUUGUCAGCUCACGACGCGUCACCUUCACCUGCUCUGGAUCCGACCAGCCUCAUGCGCGUCCUCGCGUUAUCCAUGGCUGCGCGCACCGCCAUCGUCGCUGCGGCGGGCUCCUUGAAGGCUGACGCCGCUGGUCCUUCUGCCGCCUCCUUAGAAUCUCCGGAUCCCAGCGCUUCCUCGCUCAAACAUCCUGCGCCUCUCCCACACCAGCCUGCUGCCUCCUUGCAACACCCGGAUCCGUUUGUGCCACCCCAGUCGCUCCAAAAACAGCAGCAGCAGCAGCAGCAGCAGCCGCAGCAGCAGCAGCAGCAACAGCAGCAGCAGCAGCAGCAGCAGCAGCAGCAGCAGCAGCAGCAGGAGUACGGAGGCAGGUGGGGAGAAAGGAGGAGGGAGGAUGGGUGGGGAACGGCAGGAAGCGGUUACGGUGGAUUGGGGUUUACGAGUGGUCCUAACGGGCGGGAAACGGUUACAGCGGGAAGAGGUUCAAAGCAGCAGCAGGCGGGUUUGGGCAUGAGAGCGUCCUUUGAGGCGCCUCUAGCUACAGCCACGGGGGUGAGAGCGUCUUUUGAAGUGCCUCAGAACACAGCCGUAGGGGUGAGAGCUUCCUUUGAGGCGCCGCAGAGUACGGCAAUGGGCGCGAGAGCGCUACUGGCGCAAAGAAUGGGUUGGGACGGGGACGGCAGGGGGAGGGGGCGAGGCAGGGGCGGGCGGACGGGCAGGGAGAUGCCGCUAGGCGUGGCUAGUGCGAUGAGGGGAAGGGGAGAGGCGCAGGCAGGGGGAUGGGGAGGUGGGGGAGGGGAGGUGGAGGGCGGGUGGGGAGGAGCAAGGAGAGGGGGCGGAGGGGAAAGUCUGGGGGGGUGGGAUGCGGGGGUGGCGCGAGGGGGAGGGGGGGAAAGGGGAGGGGAAAGGGGAGGGGAGAGGGGAGGGGAGAGGGGGGGAGAGAGGGGGGGAGAAAGGGAAGGGGAGAGGGGAGGAGAGAGGGGGGGAGAAAUGGGAGGGGAGAGGGGAGGAGAGAGGGGAGGAGAGAGGGGGGGAGAUUGGGUUGCACAGGCGCUAGGAGGGAUUGGGGGAAGGGGGAGUGGCAGAAGUGGAGAGCGGAACGGGAGGGAAAGGGAAGAAUGGGACUUUAACGAUGGGAACUUAACCGAUGGGCAAGGCGGCUGGAAGGCGGAUAGUGAGGGGGAUUGGGAACGGGAAGGAAGGGAGGGAUCCCGUGGAGAGAGGGGGGGGAGGUCUGGGCAGGAAGAGGGAGAGGUAUGGGAAGAGAGAAUGAAGCAACAGGCGGGAUGGGGAGGGGAGAAGGCACAAUGGAGAGGGGUUGGGCAGCCGAGUGGUGACUAUAACGAUGGCAGAGAUAGAAGGGUGCAGGGACUGGGGAGAAUGCAGGGAGAGGGGAGGGAUGGUGGCGUUUGGCAGAGCGGAAACACGCCGUCUGAUGUGAGGCAGGAGAGCGAUGGGAUAGAGAAAGAGGGGCAGUGGAGGGGUGAUGGGGAGGAAUGGAGGGAGGCAGGGGAAGGAGGGAGGGAAGAGAGGGAGCCAGGGGCGAGCUGGCCGGAUGGUGACAGCGGGGGAGGACGAGAUGGGACGUAUGGUGGAGGGUUGUACCGGGGAGGGGAGUACAGGGGAGGUGAUUAUACGGGAGGUGAUGUUAGGAGAGGGGAGGGCGGGAGUGAAGCGCGACGGCGGGCCAGUGCUGGUGAGGAGAGGAGGGGUGAGAUAUCAUGGGAGGGGAAAGGGGAGGACAGAGGGGAGGGCAACGCGAGUGAAAGGGGAUGGGAUGGGCGAAUGGUAGCAGGAGGAAGUGACCAAGAAAGUGGAGAGAGCAGAGGGCCAGUGGGAGAGGAGGAACCUUGGGAGUUCAACGCAUUACGGCAGCAGCAGCAGCAGGUGAUGAUGGGCGGGCAGAGAGGAGUGCAGCAGGAGGCACUAGGGGCAAGGGGUGGUGCUGGCAGCGCUGGUUUUGACAGACGGGCGGUGGAGGCUGGGGAGCAGAAUACACGGGCUGGCAGCACAGUCAGGCCAAGUUCAUCCUCGCCUGGAAGCGCCACCAGCGCCACCAGCGCCACCAGCGCCACCAGCGCCACCACCAGCAGUAGCAGCAACACCAGCAAGAGCGCCAGCAGCAGCAACGCCACCACAGCCACUCCAGCAGACCCUGGCACAUCUCUAUCCAUGCGCGAGCGCUUCAACCAGUACAUGGCCGAGGGGCAGACCCUCCUGCAGGAGGGCCGCGGGGGGCUACAGGGCCGCAUCGAGAUCGGCAUGGCAGAGGCGUUCCUGGAGCGCGCCACUGCGCUCUUUGAGCGCGCGUGCCAGCUGGACCCGGUCAGCGUGGUGGCCGUGGGGCAGCUGGGCAACGCACUGCUGGCGCAUGGGGAGGUGAAGCUGCGGACGGUGCAGCUGCUAAGGGCGCAGUCGCCCCUGGCAGGACUGCUGGGAGCGGGGGGCGCGGGGGGCGCGGCGGCAGCGGCGGCAACGGCGGGGGAAUACAGUCCUGCCGGCAGCAACGGCGGAGGUGGGAGCUCGAGUGCAAACAGCAGGGCUUUGGUGGCAGGAGUUGCAAUGGGUGCAGGCAGUGGAGGGGUGUUGACACUGCAGCAGGAGCAGGUGGCGCGGGAGGCGGCGGCAGUGAUGGACCGGCUGGCGGACGAGUGCGAGCAGCUGCUGGUGCAGGCCGGCCGGCAGUACCGCCAGGCGCUCUCCAUGGACAAGCGGGAUGCCAGGGCGCUCUUCAACUGGGGGCUGGCGCUGUGUUACCGGGGGCAGCUCGUUGCGGAGGAGGCGGGGGACAAUGAGGAGUACAAGGCGCUAGCGGACCGCAUGUUCUGUGCAGCGAUUGACAAGUUUGAGGUCAUGCUGUCCAUGACUGACCGGUGGCAUGCCAGUGCUCUCCUCAACUGGGCUCUCGCCCUCAGAGACCGCUCCCGCCUGCGCCCUCUCUCUUCUGUCUCCCGCCUGCGCUUAACCCAAGAGGCCCUGCAGCUGCUGCGGCAGGCCGCUAAGAGAGACUCUCCGCUAAGCGACGGGUCGCCCAGAGACCCCACGUUCGCAGAAGUGCGGAAUGCCAUGGUGCUGUGUGAAGCUGAGGUGGCGAAACUGAAGGAGACGGUGGGGAGGGGUGCAGAUGGAAGGGGGAGAGGGGGACGGGAUAUUGGAGGGAGUAGAGCGCUGAGGCCUGGCAAUGAUAAGAACAUGUCAGGUUGGUAGACAUGGGAGCUGCUGCAUAGCCAUCUGCUCUGCAAGGUGAUUGAUUGUGGUCAAACUGGGCACGUUCAGUGUGUGACAAUUGGUGAUGGAUGUACAUCAGGAAAAUUGGCAUCCGAAUUGGCAAGGGCAUGGGAGUCUAUUGAGUGGCAUGGCACAUGGUAGAAUGAGUCGUCACUGCACACAAAACAUUGUUGGGACGAUAUAGACAAACCUAUCCAUUUGCUUGAGGUUCCUAGAGCUAACUCUAUCAUCAGGACUAGGGGCAGGUCAUGCCCAUAUAUGCUUAGCUAAUUUGGUAUUAGGCA